UAAUGUUUUUAUGGGAGAAAGAGCUGCGGGUUCAAACAUUUAAGGUACGUGUCAGAGGUGCUGCCUUGACCAUGAACUUGCUUUGAUUUCCACGGUCUAUAAUCCGUAGAUUAUUCAUUUCAUGCCACCCAAAGGUGCCCAACCUGUUCACAGGAGCAGAGAAAGCUAAACUCAUGACGUCCACCAAGACGUCCACCAAGAUUCUAGAUGGGUCCGCUGUUGACAAGUAAUUGAUCACAGAGACAUUACCGCCAUUCAAGGACGGAAGCGAUUCACAACGUAGAUAACUGUUGAGCCCGAUGGAAUCGGUUUUGGCUCCACCAAAAGCUCCAUUGUUCGAAAUUUGAUUAUUCGACUGAAGGUCCGACCACGUUUUCGUGGAGUCGACGACUCCAUCUCCCUCUUCCAACCUGCCUCCCUCGUCCUCCCCCCAACACCCAUGUCGACCAUCUCGCCUCCUCUCCACCAUGACAUUGUUCACAACUCCUACAUUUCUCAACCUUCACCACCUCCUCCGACGCCCCAAUCCUUGGGGUGGCAGAUCUCGUCUGAGAAAUCUUCGUGGGCUUGCAAAGAGUCCCGGUUGGAAUUCAAAGAGUAAUUUGGUGAUCACUCACCCGACCCUCCGUCUCAUGGAGGCUUGCUCUUCUUUGUGUGAACUGAAGCAAAUUCAGGCGCAUAUGAUCAGAACGGGACUCAUAAAUCAUACUUUUCCGGUGAGCAGGGUGGUGGCAUUUUGCGCGUUGUCCAAUUCGGGUGAUGUCGAUCAUGGCCGCCGUGUUUUUGCGCAGAUAGAAGAACCCAAUGUUUUUAUUUGGAAUACCAUGAUCAGAGGAUACUCCAGGGUCGGACUGUGGGGAGAAGCGUUUUGUCUGUUCGGUCAGAUGGUUCAUGGAUACGUUGCAAUGGACAGUCAGACCUUCGUUUCCAUGCUGAAGGUCUGCGAACAGUUUGGGACUAUUUCUGAAGGUGUGCAGAUUCAUGGGAUGGUCUUGAAGUUCGGCUUUGGAUCACAAUUGUUGGUUGUGAAUGGCUUGAUUCAUGCUUACGUUGAAUUCGGAUUUCUCCAUGAAGGACGCCAACUGUUUGUUGAAAGUACGCAAAGAGAUGUUGUUACGUGGACUAGCUUGAUUGAUGGGUAUGGUAAAAAUAAGCUACCCGAUGAAGCUUUAAAACUAUUUCAGGAAAUGGUUGAGGCGGGAAUUGUGCCGAAUGAAGUUACCAUGAUCACCGUGCUUUCUGCGUGCUCACAGAUUGGAGAUCUCAACAUUGGCAUCUCGAUACAUGAAUUCGUCUUGAAGAAAAAAAUCAAUCUUACUGUUAACUUGUUUAAUGCAAUGAUAGAUAUGUAUGUUAAGUGUGGUAAUGUAGAACUAGCUAGAGAAGUGUUCGACAGAAUGGGAGAAAAAGAUGUGUUCUCCUGGACUAGCAUGAUUAACGGGUAUGCCAAGUGUGGGCAAUUAGAACUUGCACACAGCCUUUUCGAUGGAAUGCCUGAGAGAAAUGUUAUAUCCUGGAACGCUAUGAUUUCUGGAUAUGCUCAAAGCAACCGAUCAGAAGAGGCAUUAGCUCUCUUUAAUCAGAUGCAAGCAGCAAAGGUGAGACCUGUAGAGGGAACACUAGUGAGUGUGCUCUCUGCAUGUGCACAAUUAGGGAAGUUGGACCUCGGGAGAUGGAUUCAUGGCUGCCUUGUCGGUGAAAAAAGGGUUCAACCAAGCACGAAGUUGUGCAAUGCGUUGAUAGAUAUGUACGCUAAAUGUGGGGACCUUGAUAUGGCUUUUGAACUCUUUGAAAAAGCUGCUGCAAGGGACUUGGUUACUUGGAAUUCCAUCAUCUCUGCAUGUGCUGUUCAUGGCCAUGGCAAACAAGCACUUCAUCUUUUCGAGCGAAUGCAAGAUCAUGGAGUGUCUCCCGAUGAUAUCACAUUUAUAGGCGUCCUGUCCGCGUGCAGCCAUGCUGGGCUGGUUGCUGAAGGGCGCCAAAAGUUUGAAGCCAUGAGACUGGUUUACAAGAUCACACCAAAGGUGGAACACUACACCUGCAUGAUUGACUUGCUCGGCCGAGUUGGUCUUUUGGAAGAGGCAAGUGACCUGAUAAGGUCAAUGCCCAUGAAGCCAGAUGUGGCAGGGUGGGGUGCUCUUCUGAAUGCUUCCAAGAUGCAUGGAAAUCUGGAGCUUGGUGAGCUUGCUGCUGAUAACCUUCUAGACUUAGAUGCUGGUGAUAGCGGAAUUUAUGUUCUUCUAUCAAAUAUAUAUGCUAAGAGGAAAAGAUGGGAAGAUGUGAAGAAGGUGAGGAUAAUGAUGAGAGACGGAGGAGUGAAAAAGGCUCCCGGAUCUAGUUCAGUAGAGAUUAAUGGUAUGUUUCAUGAAUUUUUGGUAGCUGACAAUUCGCAUCCCGAGUCUGCAGAGGUAUAUAGCGUGCUGGAUAACGUCACAUUGCAAUUGAUGUCUGAAGGCUAUGUGCCAAGCACAUCACGAAUGAUGGAUUUUCCUGAAAUUGGUCAUGCCUGAGAAAUAUUUUUCAAACUUUAUGAAACCAUGUAUACAGGUAACAACAGGUUGCUGGUUCGAAGAACUUUCAACCGUAAGAAUCAGAUGUUGAAAAUGGAAGCUUAGUUGGUUUAACGGUUUUUUGCCGGUGAAACCAUGUUCUUCUACGGAAGGCCUUGGGUGUUGAUUGUCGAGGAAGUUCCAUCUCUUGGUAAAUCUGUCCAUAGAGAUGUCAAUUUUUAAUAUAUUUAUAUUAGAUCUUUUGAUUUUCCACA